CAAAUCCAACACAGUCUUGAGAGAGAGGAGGGAAGCUUUUGCAUUCCUGACAGACACUCUUACUUUUUACAAAAAAGCAGAAGGAAAGCAAUAGAAGAACAACUCUCAUAAACUCCAGGAAGACAAACAGAAGAAGAAGAAACCGUGGGAAAAGGUGAAAGACGAGGAGAAUGCUACAAAAUGUAAAAUAACCCAAGGAAGCUUCUUCUGCAGCAGUUCGACAGAUGGGUCUGGAAUCCUAAUGUGGCAUUUCAGGCUCUGGGAAAUACAAGAUGUUGCUGUUUUUCUCAGCAUCAUGUUAUAUAUGUGCCACCUAGCUGGAGCCAUCUCCAUAUACUCUCCUAAGAGGAGCCUGAUCCGCUCAGUGCAGGACGAUGUGAUCUUCUCAGUGAAUUUCACCUGUAGCGGGAUCCCGAACAUACAAUGGACUUUUAUGUCAGGAUUGGUGAGCCGGACGAUAGGGGCCUGGCAGCCGCGGGGGUACACCAACAUAACGGAGGACUACAGCAGCCGGGUGCAGGCCUAUGACAACGGUUCGAUGUGCCUGUCAGACCUGCGGCUGCAGGAUGGUGGAUUUUACGUGGUCACCAUCACAGAAUCAACCGGGAGCAGCAAGGAUUUUGGUUUCGUCCUAAAAGUAAAUGAGGUUCUGUAUGAGGACCUUCAGUACCUUACUGUCUCUUUUUUGGCCCUGGCCUGCUUGGCCGGCCUUCUUAUGCUCGCCAUGUGGCUCCUGGACAAGGCCUACAAGAAAAUAAUGGCAUGCAAGCGCAGGAGAGAGAUGCCAGAAAACGAUGUGACUGAGCUGCAGAUAAUGAACAUCUGAGUGAUGACUCACCUGAAAUGGCCAAUCAAAGCUGUCAGUGAUACAACAUGAGGACAUACUUUUGAAGGUGGAAUGAUUUGUACAUCAAACUGUCCUCUUUAUAUAACCUAGUUACUUACAGCUCAAAGCAUGACCAGUCAGUUAUGAACACCUGCACUGUGUUGAUAUUUUGUACUGAUGUUGAUAUUUACAGAUGACUGUCACUGAAUGAGUGAAUGUGAACAUACCACCGAUGA